CUUAAUUACUAGCAUCUCAUCUUCUGCUCGCGCUCUUAGAACAUUCACCCAACAACUCGAGUUAUUGGGACCAACUGGUUUAUGAUAUGGUAUCGGAGCUGGUUUGACCAAGUGAUCGUGUGUUCGAAUCUCCACGACCCCCCAAUAUUAACAGUUGAUUAAAGCACAUGGUAUGGUGAGUCUGUGCAAACUUCAAGCCCAUGGGUUGACUUUCAUUUGAGGGGGGCGUGUUAGAGAGUGGUAUAAGAUCCAGCAGAACCUUCUACCAACAAUUCGAGUUAUUGAGACCAACUGGUUUAUGAUUACAUCCAACCCCAUGGCUGACUCCAUACUCGAAGCUGGAAUGAUUUUUUUUUUUUUGCGACAAAAAGAUAAUCACAUUGAUUAAUUGAAAGAUCGAUGCUUACAUCCUGGAAAUCAAUCCAGGAAAAAAACAAACAAAAAAAACGAAAUGAGUGCAUGUUCUGAAUGCAGAGUGCAUGUUAUAUUGCUUCAUUUCCAGCCAUGAAUUGGUCCAUUGUCGGCCGUGAAUCAAUAACCCCAUUCCAGCUGUUUAAUUCACCGGUAUAUAUCCUAUCCUCUUUUAUGGUUCAGGAAACCGGUAGUAAAUCGAAGAAAAUGGUCAUUAAUAUAAUAAUAUCAACGUGCCCUUUUCACCAAUGUGGUUGCCGGCCGGCUGAACGAAGGAAUGGUCUGUAACCAUAGUUCAGAUUUUAAUCAUACACACGGUAGAAAAUCCAAACCAUGUUCAUACACGUUUGGGUUUCGGAUAUCCAUGGAUAAUCAUUUCUCUUUAUAACUCCAACCAAUAUGUUAAUAUUCACACGUAUUCUCAAGUUACGUAAGAUGAAAAGUACGACAAUAAUUCACUAGAAUGAAGAAAAUUAAUUAAAACAACACAAUUUCAUAAAAAUAUUAUAUUUAUAUGCUAAAUAUAAAAUAUGUUCGAGAAAAAUAUUGAUUAUUUCUAGACAAAAUACAUAUGUAUGUGUAUAAUCGGGCGGAUUCGGGUUUGGAUAGUGAGAAAACCAUGCCCACCCGUUACCCGCAAUAUUCGAGUUCGGGUUUUACCCGUACCCACUAAAAGUCCUUCGGGUUCGGAUUUUACCCUAACCGAUUAAGCCGGAUUCGGGCAGAUAUCCACUAUUACGGACAUCGAGAAAAGAGUGAUCGACCGGAACAGUCGAUUCGAAGUCCUUAAACAAAAUGACGUUAUUCUGGUGGAAUUAACCAACAAAAAAUGAAAUAGUUGUCUAGUUUAAGUAUAAACAUUUGGAUGUUGAUAUUAUCUAUUGAAUUUAAGUACAAAUAUUCGGACGUAGAUGCUAAAUAUUGCAUUUACAUAUGGCUGACUUGACAUUUUGUUUGUAAUAUAGUUUUUUGUUUAAACAUGGAUCGAUGAAGAUUAUAGGCAGAUGUUUUAAGAUAAUAUUAUAUUAUUACACAAUUAAUUUAGAAAUGAGUCAAUUUGAUCAAUGGUCUCGUUUUAUAAAUGAGACAAUUAAAAUGAGUCAAUUCGAAUUACCUGCCCCCACCCCAGGUAAUUGAAAUUGACUCAAAACGGAUCAAUUCAAAAUACCUCAGGCAGAUUGAUCCAUCCAAAUUUUUUGCUGACAAACGAGACAACCUGGUACAAUUGUCUCAAAACGAGACAAUUGUGUCAAAUCGAUCGUAACAAUUCCUCAUCCAAACGAGGUUGUGGCCAUGUGGGCAACGUCACACCCUCACAAGAGAAAUCUACCAAAGCUUCUUUUUUCCCCUUAUCCACACUACAAGGCAAACUGCCAAACUAAUAUCUGUAUAAGUUGCCUAUGACAUUGAAACCACUCUCCCACGGGCAUAUGUUGAUUAUGUUCCCAUUCACACAAUCAGUUUCUAAUUCGACAUUCAUACUACGAGAACGAUUAAGUAAUCAAGUGGGUUCGAGUUACGUAGUGAGAAAAUAAUUAUGCUCAUCCUUCAUUCAUUGUAUUCAAAUUCGAGAAUUUGGAAUUUUACCCUGCUUGAUUAGAUGAGAUUCAGGUGGGUGGGUGUCUGCGAGCAUGGAUAUAGUUUUGUUAUGAACUGAUGUUAGCUUUGCUCUUUUAUAGUCAUUUGACUACUUGUGAAUAACAAAUGAAUGAAGCCAGAAUUUUCGAUGUACACAGAUGCUACGGUCGAUAAUAGAAAAAAAGCUAAAUUUAUUAUGAAUGGGAAAAUAUCAAUCAUAUAUCAAAUGCAAAACAAAUCCCUAAAAUCUAACCUUUUAUUUGUCGGUAAAGGAAGAUUGUUUACUCAUAAAAAUUACUUUGGACUACAUUGAUUAUUUAUAAGUAAAUUGGUACAUUUUAUAAUAUCAACUCAAUUAUAACGUAAUUUAACCUAAAGUUUAAUGGUACUAGAUUUUUAAGUUUAAAUCACCGAAUAUUAUUACGUGAGAGAUUAGAGCAUGGUAAGGACAUGAAAUUCUCAUCAAGGGCCCAUGAUGCAUAACAAAAAAAGACAAGAAAUAAUUAUCACUUUGCUUUCUUCUUUUAAUUUUGGUUGCGUGGAGAAACUAAUUGAGAAACAUGCUCUCUUGUUUGGGAACCUAGAUAGACUUAAUAUUUGAUUAUGAAUACAGAUAAAUACAUGUUUAGCUUAGCAACGAUUAGCAACAACAAAACUCAUAAGUGUGAACUUGGGCAAUUUACUGACUUUGGAAUUACUCCAACAUACAAAAAAAAAAUUAAGUAGGUUUUCUUCUUGGUGACGAAGACGACUUAUAUAAUGUAUAUGGACACAACAAAAAGUAUCUUAUGGUAGUUUUAAAAAGCAAUGCAAUUUCCUCCUCAUAAGAUGUGCAAUGUACUUACUAAUAAAUUAAAGUUUGUAAUAUAAGAUCUUGCAGUUGACUAUCAUGAUACUUUUGCUAAUGCAAUCGAGAUGUUCACUGUCCGACUUUAUUUUGGUGUUCUUGCUUCCACCAUGAAUUAUCACAUCAACAAUGCAUUUUUUUUCCAUUAUGAUUUACAUGAGGACGUUCAUAUGCAACUGUGAGAAGGUCAAGUGCCUCCUUCUCAUAUCCCUAAUCAUGUUUGCGAGUUACAUGAGACCCUGUACAGACCUAAACAAGCAUAUCGAAAAUGGUACUCCGAGCUUUCUAAUUCUUCACCGACAUGUUGUACUCUUCCAGUAAGGUACAUCAUUCUCUAUUCAACAAGGUUCGUAGUUCUUCUUUUACCGAUGUCUUGGUUUAUGUAGAUUUUCUCAUUAUGAGAGGAAAUGGUCUUAUUGGGAUCAACAACUUGAAGGACUUUCUUCAUAGGACAUUCAAAAUUAAGGAUCUAGUUCUCAUCCGUCGUCCUCACACCACAGAUCUCAUUAGCCCGAGCCGCAACUCCUUACUCCUGCUAAGAUAAACUAUUUCCUCUCAGAUGCUCAAGAUUUUGAAUAGAAAGUGCAAUUAGUGAUCAUCAUUUGGAAUGUUGGUUGAAUUAAUUAUGACUUAGCUUGGAGAACAUCUUUAGUUUGAAAUUCUCAUUUUGGCUUCAUUAUGAGCCUUGUUUGAAGUGUGUUAUUCCUUUAGCUAAUUCCUAGCUCUGGGCAACCUAGAUAUAAUCACAGCUUGGGAUAAAUUAAAAGUGCAGCUUCAAGUACGUACGGGUAGUGCUAAUUACUUUGUCUUUUUGUCCUUAAUUACACGAUAUUAAUUAAAAUAUUAUCAGUUUUUAAACUGAGGUUGAAUCAAUGGUUAUCCACUAGCACUCUGUCUGAUUGCUACUUUAGUUACCUUUUGCAGUUCACUAAUUAAGAUUAGUUAAUUUCUUGUAAAUUGUUGGGGGAAUUUAUCGUUAAAUGUUUUUUUUAUCCUUUUCACCAGACUCAUUAGAGAAAAACAAAGUAGUCCACUGCAUAACCAGGCGAAUUUAUCAAUGACUACUACUUCCUCGAUUUACUAUUGUAUUUUCUAACCAUAUAGCUAUGUUUUGCAGGCAAGAUUACUUUAACUAAUUCAUUAACUUAUAAUUGCCUAUUUGCUUAUGAAUUUUAUCCACACAUUAUCUAUCAGCUCCUGUGAGUGAUGGAGUAUCCGCACAUUAUUCUAAGCGGUCAUAUCACAUGGAGAAUGGUAUACUCCCGGAGUAUACCAGUCAUUACCCUUACCGUUAAUAUAUAAGCUAAAUCACAUUAUUUGAUAUGGUUUGCUGAGAGUUAAAAUUGAUCUCAUCUACUUCUGAAAUUGGUAUUGUUGCUAACCGUCGCGUGAUCAAAUCAUGAAAGAUUUUUUAUUUUUUUAUUUUUGGUCGGGUAUAUUAAGAGUGACAUUCUUGAUAGUUUGGAUAAUGAAUGUGUUUUAGAUACUUUUCGAAACAUGAAAACACGUUGUAGAUCAAACUGAAUCCAAAACUGCUAAUAGUUAAAAAAAAAACACAUAAAAUUGUUGUAAUCAUAUACAUUUACAGCAAUACAUAUGGGGGGAUUUUAAUGUUUGACAAGUUGAUGAGAAACAGAGAGAACACAGAUGGAAACAGAGUAACAUGGCAGAGUACUAUUAUACUGUCUCCAUAUUUCCAUAGUUUCUUUCUCCCCUUUUGUUUUCUCUAUCAAACCAACUUCCCCCCAAGUUACCAGAGGUUGCCAACUCUCACUAUAAAUGCUCUUCGAUUAAGAAACAAAGCUGGAGGGGGAAGAAAACUAUAUACACAAAAACAACAGCUAACCUUUUGUUUGUGGAAUAUUCCUACCUGCACAACUUAUACAAACUCCACAUGGACAGGCAUUUACUUGGUUUGGGAUCGAAGUAUUCUUUUGUCUGAAGCAAGAGAAAUCUGAGGGAAACCAGUAGAAUAAUAAGAUGCAGCUGUAGGCUUCUUCUACCAAGAUGUUUUGGUUUAUUUAUAACAUAUAUGUGUGUUACUGUGCAUGUGGAAGAAUAUGUGAGUGAAGGAAAGCAAAAAAGGGUGUCCAAAUUAAUAGGUUCUGUUUGGGUACAAAAUGAUAUUGUUUACGUGGUGGUUCGUUUAAUUAAGAUGGAAAGAAGAUAAUCGUAAUAUAUUAAAUGUAAUGAC